UGAGGACUAAUUCCGGGUCGUUUUUCCCCCAGUCCCUGUCAUGUUUCUUUCGUCAACGUGUCUGAUAAAAGAACAGAUUCCUGCCAUGAGUGGACUCAGGCCUGACUGCAGCAUGCGUUUUAGGUGAUAGGUGUUGGUUAUGAUUUGUCCUUUCUUCAAAUUUCAACGUUGAAAUGUAGCCCAGCGUAUGGUAGGCCAUUUAUAUAACGUAACAUUUCAUGCAGCAAGGCUAACGGCAUGUUGACUGAAGCUCAGGUGUUCAGGUGGGGUGGAGUUAAUUGUUGGGAGACGCAGAAGAAGAAAAAAAAAACGUGACUAAUCAAUUGAACUUUGAAACUUGAAGCAAACAGACAGAAUAUGGCUACGGAUUUUACUCAGGAUUCGGUGUUGCACUUUCUCCAAUUCAUGGGUGGGAGAGUGAAGAACUCUGAACUGUUGGCGCACUUCAAAACGUUUCUACGCGACCACGAGAACCAGACGCGCAACAGGCAACUGUUUAAAACGUUUGUGAACUCUGUGGCUGUGGUGAAAUCAGAGGAGGGAGUAUCAUACGUUGUGCUAAGGAAGAAAUGUCUGGGGCAGGUUGCUGGAGACAUCGCCGCCGCAUACCACUCACCAAAGCCCCCCGCUAAACAACAACCGGCGCCACAGGCGAGACGGAGAGAGAGAGUCCAGUCACCGAGAGAUCCGGUAAACCGAAACCAGCAGAGAGGUCAGAAGGGACUGAUUGAGACUCACUUUCAUGAAUUACACGUUUCACCAGGCGACACCAACCAACUCACCGACGAGGUAUUAGCCUCGGCUGGAAUUGUUAACAAUGUGGAAACAACUAUCAAUUACGAAAAGCCUUUCCAAUGCUCCUCGCCACAUGUGCCAGAUCAUGCGCCACCUCCUAUAUACAACAGAGAUGCACCAUUUCUCCCAUCGUACAAUGCAUCAAUAUCAAAGUGGUCAGAAGAUGGGAGUGGUCAGAGCUUUGAAACGGAAGGGGAACUGAAUCACAAAGGUAUUUACAUCAGCGGUUCCAAACUUGGCCAGCAGUCAAAAGAACCAAAGAGGAAGAGGUCCUAUCCGCCCCACACAGAGGUGAAACCUCCAGCGCCUCACCAAACACAGGUGCAACAGAAUGCAGUGCAGACACAGAGGAAAAGUUCUGAAGCUGACCACAGAAGAGAAGCUACAACAUGGCCACUACUCGCCACUCUAGAGCAUGCCAGCUCCUCUCCUUGUUUAUCUGAUGGUUACAGUCCUUCUGCUGCUCCACACGCUCCCCUAACCCCUGACCCCCAGGUGACGCGGAGUAAUGGCAACUUGGAUGGCAGUUACCACCUCCACCAUAGGAUCCCACAGCAGCCCAGACCAAAACAAGAUGGACUCCCAGCAGCUCCACUGCAUGCUACACCUGCCUCUCAGCUGGCGCAGAGCAAUGACAGCCUACCUAUACCACAGAAGGAUGGAGUCCCAGCCCCUGUUCCUGACAUCCAGUAUCCGGAAGAAGCAACAGCUGCUGUUACCCAGUCCAGAGCCCAGACCCUGCCUUCCCCGUGCAGCUUACCCCUGGACUCUGCCUACCAGUACCACACUCCUGCUGAGUCUACUGGUGGGUCUGGGUACCCUGAGCACCAGCACCUCCAGGGAGGCUCUGACUUCUCCUUCAGCCACAGCAGUCUCUCCCUAGCCCAGUCACUGGACUCCAGAGAUGAGUGGCCCCAGCGGUCCCCUAGAGAGGAGUGGGCCAGCAAUGAAACCCUCAGCUACCAGGGCCUGAACUACCCAGGUGAGCAGCAGAGGGUCAAAGUGAACGAGAUGCUCUGCCGUGCUCAGGAAGCCAAACUGCUCUCUCAGAUGCACCGCGCUGAGAGGAGAGCGCCCUGGCCUCACCAUCACUCCACCGGUUACCUUGACGAUGAGGCGAACAGAGCGUCGUCAUGGCACCACUCCACAGGUCAUCUCCAUGAUGACAAUGGGUCCAAGUCCAUUGAGUCCUUCUCUCUUCCUGGUUCAGACCCCGAGCACCACCUCCGACCCCCUGUUCGGCGAAUCAGCAGCCGGUUCCGCAGCCGUAUGUGCCGCAGCCUCGGAGCCGACAUGGACCAACUGUUCCCGGAGGACAGCGUCUCGGCACGGCACAACCGUCUCCACCUCCUCUCCUCCAACCUCAGCAUCAGCCACUCCUUCUCCACCCCCACCUCUCGUUCACCCAGCUACAGAGACCUUAGGCGGGAGAUGCACUCCGGGGCCUCCAGUAACAAGAGCCUGAACGGUGCCUCUAACUCUGGCGGCCAUGACAGCUCCUACUUCCACCGCCACGAUCUGGUCCCCCUGGAGGCGAAGGAACAUGACUGGCUGGUGAAGGGCGCCACUGGGACCUGGACCGACAUCUACACCCUGUUCAGAGAUGAACCCAGCCUCCUCACCAAGAGAGACUUCAUCACUGGUUAUACCAUCCUGCACUGGAUCGCUAAACAUGGAGACCACCGGGUCCUCAACACACUCUGGUACGGAGUCAACAAAGCCGGGUUGAAACUGGACGUGGAUGUGAAGACUACCUGUGGCUACACGCCUCUUCACCUGGCCGCCAUCCACGGGAACAACAAGAUGAUCCGGCUGCUUGUUUAUAAGUUCAGGGCCAACGUGGCCCUCAGGGAUACCAGUGGGAAGAAGGCCUGGCAGUACCUGGGCCGGAACGGCCCCAAAGACCUGCUACAGAUGCUAGGGGCCUCUCACUGCAGGACUUCCACGGGGGUUAGCUCCACACCCCAGUCCUCAGAGGAGAGACCCACAAGGCCCACUGCAACCUCGGCCACGGUAAAGAAGUCCACAUCCAUCACUGGGUUCCUCAAGCAUAAAACCCUAGUGAAGUUCCCAGGAUGGGAGGGUUCUCAGUCUCCCAACUCCUUUGUGUGAGAAUAGCGUGAACUUUAGGGUGAGUCUGCCUGCUCUGAGGGUGUGGCUACUGACUAGACCUACCACCCAGCUCAAGGCUCUUAAGUAAGCUGUUUAGGGUCUUUACGGCUUUGAUUUGCCACUUAAAAACUUUCUUGGUUAUUUCAAAUGUUUUUCCAUUUAUAUAAAAAUAAAUAAAUGUAAGACCAAAUAAAUGAAUAAGAGGCUGGGGGUUAUGUUAUUGAGCUGUCUAAAUUAACAUAUUGUGAUUUGGAUUAUGAAGUGGCAUCAACUAUCACUUGUGAAAUCCAAGCAAUAGAAUCAGUCAUGUAAAUUGGAUUUGUUAAGGGAUUGUAUUAAACUGAUACCUCAGUAUAA